CGGCACGGUGCGAGCGGUUGGGUGUCGGCACCGACGCACCGUCGGGGCGGAAAUCGGAGCAUAGAGGACGACCGGUGAAAGAGGAGAGGAGCGGCGACAGCGCGCGGGUCCGAUUCAUCUCUCAGACAAAUCGGCACACAUCAGCGCCAGCUCCAGUCCACCGUUCUCUGACGUCUUGUCGUCAACGCACCGUUCCAUCACCCAGCCAUGGACGCGGCGUCUGCCAGCGAUUCCGGAGGCGGAGACGGGGGCGGCGGGGGCUGGAACGUCUCCACCUCACCCGCGACGGUCACCGAAGACGCAGCCAGCUUCCUUCGUCGCACCAUCGGACCUCAGGAGCUUCCACUAGACGUGGUGCUGCCCAUCACUGUUGUAUACGCCCUCAUCUUCGUCACAGGCGUGAUUGGUAAUGUGGCCGUGUGUCUGGUGAUUUUCCGUCACCCGGCAUUGCAGACAGCUACCAACUUCUACCUCUUUAGUCUGGCGGUGGCCGACCUCACUGUGCUCGUGCUAGGACUGCCCAACGACCUGAAGGUGUACUGGCGUCAGUACCCGUGGGCCCUGGGGCGACCGCUCUGCAAAAUACGCGCCCUCAUCUCCGAGAUGACAUCGUACGUGUCGGCACUGAUAAUAGUGGCGUUCAGUUUGGAGCGCUACCUCGCCAUCUGCCAUCCGCUGCUGUCGUACACGAUGGCCGGAAGACGGAGGGCCACGCGUAUCAUCGUGGGCGUAUGGGUGCUCUCCCUCCUCGCGGCGGCCCCCUUCGCCUUCUAUACGGACGUGCACUACAUCGAGUUCCCCAGCGGUUCUGGCAUAUUUCUGGAGACAAUCUGCUACAUGCCGAACGAAUGGCCUCUCAUCUUCAGUUCGUUCGUCUUCUUCAUCGUUCCUAUGUCGAUGCUCAUGUUCAUCUACAUCUGCAUAGGUAUAAAGAUUCAUCGUGUGGAAACGGUGGGCGGCAGCACACUUGGUCCCACCGGCUCCGGGGAGGCGCGCAGAAGGGGCAACCGGAGAGCCGUCCUCCGAAUGCUCGUUGCGGUUGUCAUUGGAUUCUUCCUCUGUUUUGCGCCCUAUCACGCCCAGAGGCUGCUGUACAUUUACGGGAAGCAGCUACCAAACUACCGAGAGAUCAACGAGUACAUGUACUACACCACCGGCUGUUUCUACUACGUCUCGGCAACAAUAAACCCGAUAUUGUACAACGUCAUGUCGGCCAAAUACCGCCGAGCGUUCAAGGAGACCCUGUGCGGCCGCCGGUCGCCGCUAGGUGUCAGCACCAGUACCACGGUGAUGGCGCUGUCCCGCCGCGCACGGGCCACCUCGGGGCCGUGCGCCGGCUCCGGAUCGAGCCCCCGCGCUCUCUCCUCGCCCUCCCUGAACGGCACUCUACCCGCCGGGCGGCGGGCGACCCUGCGCAUCAACGGCGUCAGUCAUGACGUCUCCAUGGAAACCAGGGUGUGA